ACGUGCGUAUAGGUUAUAGAUAUAGUUAUAGGUAACAACAGGUUUACUACGUAUAUGUUUACAAGCAAUAUGCAUUUAUUUAUAUUUUGGAACGGUGAAAAUUAAAAAAAACAACUAGGCAAGCGCAUAAUAAUAAUAAUAUAUUACAACUGAAUGACGGUAAGUUAUGCUGCAGUAAUGGCAUCGACUAGCUGCAAUCGCCUGCGUGCAGCGACGGCCUCGACGUGAAUUCUUGUUCUACGACUCUCUACGUCAAAUUAUAAUACCCAUCGAAGUCACGUCUAUUAUAGUGCAUAAAGACGUUGCAAAACAGCCAUGUGAUGACGAAUCUUUGAUUAAAAAAAACGGAAAAUUGUCUAAAGAAGACAUUGACGAUUUAAUAUCCAUUGACAAUCAGUCACAGAUUAAAAUGUGUUUGAUUGUACUCGGAAAGGAUCCAUUGGAAAUGGAAAUCGCUGAACUAUUGUGGAGAGAUUUAGUGAAAGUUUAUACAACAGCAGAUGAUAUUCCCGAGGAUGAGCUACAGUUGUUAGGGUGGAUAUCGAAAGGAAUACCUGCUUCAGAUUUUAUGAAUUUAUCUUUGACGGAUAUCGAAACGAUAGCAUCAUUCGGAAAAUGGAGAAACUAUUCUAAAGAACAGGUUAUGUCUUUAAAACAAGCGAUCGAAGACCAAUGGAGUUACAAAGGCCCUUCGGAUUUUAGCAGUUAUGAUCUAGUCGCUUUGGGUCAAGUUUUGUGCGCGUUCAAUAAAUCACAUAUAGCUGCGAUCAAACCAUUCGCAUACAAGGUGGCGGCUGCUGAUAUAUCAAAUCUCGUUAAUUGUCCGCAAGAGAUCAUACGAGAAUUUGCCUUACUCGCUACCAGUAGAGACGCGUUCGGCGACCCGUCGGGAUGGACUGCUAUACAGAUAGCAUUGAUCGGAUGUGUAAUUGCCGGUUUAGAUUCUGUGCGAGAUAUUCAGCCCGACGCAUUUGAAGGAUUGGCAGCGUCUAGCAUGCAAUGUUUACCGAACAACGUACUAAAAGCCAUGUCAAUAGAACAGCUGUCGCAUUUAUCGUUGUCUGCCGUCAACGCUCUUACUCAUGCACAGCUUUCGUCAUUAGAUCGCCAACAGAUCAGAGCCAUCGAAGAAACAGCCAAGACAUUGGGUUCGGUACUUAACGACGGCUGCUGUUUCACUAGUCGUACUGCAGCUUGGUUGACGGUGACAUUAAUCGCGUGUUUACAGUUAUCAACAUUAAUAUUAUAAUGUCAUCAAAAUAUAAUAAUAUCAUAUUGUAGAUUAGAAUA